GAGCGAGAGAGAUGGUUGACUGUAUAAAUUGGGAUUAAUGCGAAGAAUGCAACAUUUUGACUCAUUCAGGGUGAUCUCGAGUCGCACUCAAGAUCUCUGGUGACUCCAGUGUAGUCGCUCUUUUGUCAGCUAUGAACCUCAUCCAGUGAAGUGUUGGGUCUGUUCUCGCGGACGUGUCGGCGUGUAAUCGCGUGAAAGUGUCUCGAAGAUGGCAGAGAGGAUGGUACUACAACUACCUGAGAUCCUGGACAGGAAGAAGUCUCUGUCUAUGUCACAUCUCCCGGCUCAAGACAGAAAUUUUCUCUGUGUACCGGGAGCUUCGAGUCUUCAGGAUGUCCAGGUGAUGACAGAUCUCUCUCGAAAAUCCUACGAGUCACUGCGUCGGAUUGAGUCCAACACGUCUAUCACGGUGCCAGAGAACUUCAGCUUCUCCUCAUUGGCCAUCCAAGUGUACAAGAUACGUUGGGCUCUGCUUUUACUCUGCUUGGCUUCCAUUGCUCUGACCUAUAUGCAAUGGAUCCAAUACAGCAUUGUAGCCAAUAUAAUAAUGAGGUACUACCGCGUAUCGUCGCUCCUGGUGGACUGGACAUCAAUGGUGUUUAUGCUGAGCUACAGUCUUUUGGUUUUUCCUGUAUCCUUUUUCAUGGACAUCAAAAGGCCACGGCAAGCAGCGGUUAUGGGAUCAGUUCUUCUAGCACUUGGAUCAUGGAUUAAGGUCUUCUCGCUGGAUCGAGAGCUUUUCCUGAUAUCUUUCGUGGGACAGACUAUUGUGGCCAUAGCUCAAGUCUUUAUACUGAGCCUACCAGCUCGCCUGGCAUCCACAUGGUUUAGUCCUGAGGAGGCUUCGAAGGUGUGUGGAUUGGGAGUAUUUGGAGCUCAAUUGGGUACAUCCUUAGGAUUCUUCCUGACUCCCUGGCUGGUGCAAAAUGAUGAGAAAAUUGAGAAGAUUCAUCAAGAUCUGGAGAUCAUGUACAUAGGCGAUGCUGGACUUUCAACAGUGAUCUCCAUAUUCACUGUGGCAGUGUUUCAGUCGCAGCCAGAAAAGCCACCCAGUCACAUCCAGGCUCUUCAGCGGAGUGUCAGAGCUACGAAUAAAGGCUACUGGAAGUCCCUAUGGGGUCUGGUACACCAACGGGACUUUAUCAUCCUGGUGAUAGCCUAUGGGAUGAAUGUUGGGGUCUUCAAUUCAAUGCUUACACUCCUCAAUCAGAUCGUUCUCAACUACUUUCCUGACAGUGAGAAGGAUGCUGGAUACAUAGGAGUUGCAAUUAUUGGAACAGGACUCGUUGGAUCCGUUGUCUUCGGCUUCAUCAUGGAUACGUGGCAUGAGUAUAGGAAGACUGCUGUUUGGGUAUAUGGAAUUUCGGCUCUAACUGUGUUUGUCUUUUCUUUGUCAUUGGAGAGUAAAUCCAAGAAGCUCCUCUAUGUAGCAUCAAUCCUUAUGGGUUUCUUUAUGAGCGGUCUUCAGACAAUCGGAUACGAAUUGGCAGCUGAACUAACCUAUCCAGAACCUGAUGGUCCAGUUGCAGGUAUCAUGAAUAUCUCUACCCAUGUCUUCGGUGUCCUCUUCACCAUUACCAUCUCACGCAUUCACGACUCUCUGGGUGAUUUUGCCGGGAACAUGGCCUUCACAUUGCUUCUAGUAAUCGGUACUGCUAUCACAGCCCUAAUUAAGGCUGAACUCAAGAGGCACUCAGCGUACAAAGAAGUUGCAUCGGCUGCUGAAGAACUAGCUGAACUUGAGAAACAGAUUGUCCAGGAGAAAGUGCCCUACCUUGUCUUCAAAACCGAUGAGUAUUAGGAUAGUUUAUAGCUGAAUUUCUAAUUAUGAAAUGUUUUUUUUUAAAUAAAUAAUUUAACGAA